GGUUACUGAUACUAUAAAUAAAUAUGCUCCUAAGGUUCAAGCCUUCGUCAUAAGCAAUCCAACGAACAAAACAAAAAAAACUUGCUUUUGCCAUUGGAGGCGAUGCAGACCGACGACAAGCUCCCGAAUGAAUCAUCCAUACCGCCGUUGAUCAUAGCAAUAAUUUCAAAUGAAGUUGCAGGUUUCGACAAAGAGCGCGAUGAUUCGAAGUCUGAUCAGAUCAAAUCAGCAUCAUGCAUUCGUCCUAUCAGCAUUUCCUCGUCAUCGGAGACGCAUUCAGUGUCCAUCAGCAUGCCGUCGUCGCCGGCCGAGGCCGCGGCUCGAUCACACCACGGAAACAGAGUUUUCUUCAAAGAUGAAGAUGGCAAUGGUCGGGAAACAGCUAAACCGAAAGACAAACGAUUCGACAAUUUCAAGACAUGGUCGGGAAAGCUCGAGCGACAACUCUCCAAUUUACGCGGCAAACAUGUCGCCGAGCCCCCCGAAGAAGAAGAAGAUCGACAAGAUCAUCAAACUCAUACGCCCCCCGAUUUCGACAGAUUGCCCGCGGAUCGCUACUUCGCCGCUUUAGAAGGCCCCGAAUUAGACACACUACGGGCGUCGGAGGAAAUAAUCCUUCCGAAGGACGAGAAAUGGCCUUUCCUACUACGAUUUCCGAUAUCCUCCUUCGGAAUAUGUCUCGGCCUCAGCAGCCAAGCGAUCAUGUGGAAGUCGCUAGCGUCAUCGGAUUCGACAAAGUUCCUCAACAUCGGCCAUGGCAUAAAUCUAGUGCUCUGGUUCGUCUCUAUUGCCCUCGUCUCUGUCGUCGCUAUUACAUAUACUUUCAAGAUAAUAUUCUACUUCGAAGCCGUUCGUCGCGAGUACUACCACCCGAUCCGUGUCAACUUUUUUUUUGCCCCGUUCAUCGCGCUUUUGUUCUUAGCGCUCGGAGUUCCUCCGUCGGUGUCCCCGGCAUUGCCCCCGCCGCUUUGGUAUGUUCUCAUGGCCCCGUUUCUUUGCCUCGAGCUUAAAAUUUACGGACAAUGGAUGUCCGGGGGACAACGGAGACUAUCUAAGGUUGCGAAUCCUUCGAACCAUCUUGCCGUCGUUGGGAACUUCGUGGGGGCUUUGCUCGGGGCGUCGAUGGGGCUAAAAGAAGGCCCGAUUUUCUUCUUCGCCGUCGGUUUGGCUCAUUACAUCGUGUUGUUUGUAACACUUUAUCAAAGGCUUCCGACCAACGAGACGCUUCCGAGAGAACUCCACCCGGUUUUUUUUCUUUUCGUCGCUGCGCCGAAUGCCGCGGCGCUCGCUUGGGCGACGAUUCAUCGGUCAUUCGAUUACGGUUCCCGCAUCGCUUUCUUCAUUUCCUUGUUCCUAUAUUUCUCACUGGCCGUUCGGGUUAAUUUUUUCCGAGGAUUCAAGUUCUCGCUAGCAUGGUGGGCAUACACUUUCCCGAUGACGGCCGCGGCCAUUACAACAAUAAGAUACGCGAGUGUGGCGCCGAGCAUAGUGACUAAAUGUCUAGUCGUCGCCCUUUCCACCGUGGCUAUACUUACCGUUGGAGCAUUGCUCGUUACUACAAUCAUCCAUGCCUUUGUGCUUAAAGACCUAUUCCCGAAUGAUAUUGCCAUCGCCAUUAGAGAGAGGAGACCCAAAAAAUCGCGAAAAUGGUAUUAUAGGAACUCGGGUAGCCCCGAUGCAAGCAUACUACGGUACCUUAAGUACACAAGUUCAGACAGCAGCGACAUCUUCGACGAUAAAAAACUUCCAAGCCUCGGUGACCAAGACGAACCCGAUCAUUGUGCCAAGGUCGUCGAACCAUGAAACUUUUUUUUUUUUUUUUUUUCGAUCCCCAUUAUUUUUUAGGGACACGUUAAACUCUAUGUGGUAAUUAUAGAAUGAGGUUGAGAACGUUUUUAAUCAUCUCAUAGUUGAUUUGAUGUAAUAUAAUACGUAUUUUACUAUAA